AUGGGUGAUUUCACCGCUCACAACCUACCUCCCACCUUCAAGGGUCUGCAAGUCACAUCUGCGGAUGUUCCUCUUACCGUUGCGGACCUGCCCACGCCGGUCCCCACUGCUGGCACCGUCCUCCUUCGCCCGCUCUUCUCCCCCAUCAUCGCCUACGCCGACGAAAUCUUUGCCAAUGGCAACCUGCGCGGGUAUCCGUACCCAUCGCCAAUGGUACCGGGCACCAACGCCGUGGGCCGCAUCGCCGCAACCGCCCCAGACACGCCGCGCCUGAAGCCAGGAACGCUCGUCUACACCAGUGGCGUUCUGCGCGGACGAGACGGCACGAGCGUCAACUCGACCCCCGUGCUGCACGGCCUCUUCAUGGGCUUCGCGCCGGAAGGCCAGGCGCUCAUGCAGGGCGAGUGGCGCAACGGCACGUGGGCCGAGCUCGUCAAGCUGCCUGCCGAGAAUGUGCACGUCCUCAACGAGGAUAUCCUGGUCAAGAAGCUUGGGUACCGCGUCGAGGACCUUGCGUACCUGAGCACGUUGGCCGUGCCGCACGGCGGGCUGAGCGACGCGGGCCUGCGGACCGGUGAGACCGUGCUGAUUGCGCCUGCGACGGGCAGCUUUGGCAGCGCGGCGGUGCAGGUCGCGCUGGCGAUGGGCGCGGGCAAGGUGAUUGUCAUGGGCCGCAGCCAGGAGAAGCUCAACAAGGUAGUGCAGGCAGCCGGCGCGCGAGCCGUCGGCGUCGUCAUCAGCGGUGAUGUCGAAGCCGAUGCAGCGGCGCUGGGUGCUCACGGCCCCAUCGACAUCUACUUUGACAUCUCUCCGCAGGUGGCGUCCGCCGGCCCGGAUACCUUCUCGCACAUCAAGUCGGGCAUUGCGGCGCUGCGACCCGGCGGCAGGAUGAGCAUGAUGGGCGGCGUACUCGGUGACAUCCAGGUGCCGUACUCGCUCAUCAUGGGCAAGGGACUAACGCUGCGAGGGACCUUCAUGUACACGCGGGAGCAGAUGGAUUCGCUGAUUCGUCUGGUCGAGACGGGCAUGCUGGCUCUGGGAGAAAAGGCCGGCGUGGAGGCGACGGGCAAGUAUACGCUCGGGGACUGGGAGGCGGCGUUCAAGGCGGCGUCAAAGGAGGCCGGCCCGGGCAAGUCGACGUCUUUCGUGCCCAAUACGGAGUGA